AUGAUACUAAUCAGAAAUAUAACUGUAAACCUCACAGCACACCCUACAGACUCCCAAGCACCAUACACUGUAAACCUCACAGCACACCCUACAGACUCCCAAGCACCAUACACUGUAAACCUCACAGCACACUCUACAGACUCCCAAGCACCAUACACUGUAAACCUCACAGCACACUCUACAGACUCCCAAGCACCAUACACUGUGAACCUCACAGCACACUCUACAGACUCCCAAGCACCAUACACUGUGAACCUCACAGCACACUCUACAGACUCCCAAGACCCAUACACUGUGAACCUCACAGCACACUCUACAGACUCCCAAGCACCAUACACUGUGAACCUCACAGCACACUCUACAGACUCCCAAGCACCAUACACUGUGAACCUCACAGCACACUCUACAGACUCCCAAGCACCAUAG